CAGCAUCCCGGUGAUGUUGUGUGGCCCAAAGCCACCCACUUCUUGACAGGUUGGAAAUGAGAGAUGGCUUCCUACAGAGCACGUAGCCACGGACACAAAUUGGUGGCUUCUCUUGACCUGAGCAACCGUGAAAAUGAGGAGGCCCUUCUGUGAUGGGUCCGCCAGCAGCCUCCCUUGCUUUGUGCUCUCGGGGAGCCAAGGCGGGGCCACCCUGGGGCCCUUAGCGGUAGCUGGCAGUUUGCUUCCUGCACCCAGAGUCACCAACCCGCCCUCGGGAGGGGCUGAGCCCGCCCUGAUUAGGACGGCAAGGGCUGCCCUCUGAAGGAAGCUCCGAAGAGAAAGCAGAGGAAAAGGAAGCUCUGUAGUCUGCAGGCGUUCAGGCCGAGGUCAAGAGUGGCUGGUGCUCCAACUCCACCUGCCGCCCCAACCUCUUGCCAGCAAGCGUCGCCGCAGCCAUGGCGGGCAUGAAGACGGCCACGGGGGACUACAUCGACUCGUCCUGGGAGCUGCGGGUGUUUGUGGGAGAGGAGGACCCUGAGGCGGAGUCGGUCACCCUGCGGGUCACUGGGGAGUCGCACAUCGGCGGGGUGCUCCUUAAAAUUGUGGAGGAGAUCAACCGCAAGCAGGACUGGUCGGACCACGCCAUUUGGUGGGAACAGAAAAGGCGAUGGCUGCUGCAGACCCACUGGACGCUGGACAAGUACGGGAUCCUGGCCGACGCCCGCCUCUUCUUCGGGCCCCAGCACCGGCCGGUCAUCCUGCGGCUGCCUAAUCGCCGGGCGGUGCGCCUGCGGACCAGCUUCUCCCAGCCCCUCUUCCAGGCUGUGGCUGCCAUCUGCCGCCUGCUCAGUGUCCGGCACCCCGAGGAGCUGUCUCUGCUCCGUGCUCCUGAGAAGAAGGAGAAGAAGAAGAAGGAGAAGGAGCCGGAGGAGGAGGUGUUUGACCUGACCAAGGUCGUCCUGGCCGGGGGCGUGGCACCUGCGUUGUUCCGGGGGAUGCCAGCCCACUUCUCAGACAGCGUGCAGACAGAGGCCUGCUACCACAUGCUGAGCCGGCCGCAGCCACCGCCCGACCCCCUCCUGCUCCAGCGCCUGCCUCGGCCCAGCUCCCUGUUGGACAAGACCCAGCUCCACAGCAGGUGGCUGGACUCGUCACGGUGCCUCAUGCAGCAGGGCAUCAAGUCUGGGGACACACUCUGGCUGCGCUUCAAGUACUACAGCUUCUUCGACCUGGACCCUAAGAUGGACCCGGUGCGGCUGACCCAGCUGUAUGAGCAGGCUCGGUGGGACCUGCUGCUGGAGGAGAUCGACUGCACAGAGGAGGAGAUGAUGGUGUUCGCAGCCCUGCAGUACCACAUCAACAAGCUGUCCCAGAGCGGGGAGGUGAGUGAACCGACAGGCACGGACCCGGGACUGGAUGAUCUAGACGCAGCCCUGAACAACCUGGAGGUGAAGCUGGAGGGGUCAGCGCGCACGGAUGUGCUGGACAGCCUCACCACCAUCCCGGAGCUGAAGGACCACCUCCGCAUCUUCCGGCCCAGAAAGCUCACCCUGAAGGGGUACCGCCAGCACUGGGUGGUGUUCAAGGAGACCACGCUGUCCUACUACAAGAGCCAGGAUGAAGCCCCGGGGGACCCUGUUCAGCAACUCAACCUCAAGGGCUGCGAGGUGGUCCCUGAUGUCAACGUGUCCGGCCAGAAAUUCUGCAUCAAACUCCUGGUGCCCUCCCCAGAGGGCAUGAGUGAGAUCUACCUGCGCUGCCAGGAUGAGCAGCAGUACGCGCGCUGGAUGGCCGGCUGCCGACUGGCCUCCAAGGGCCGAACCAUGGCGGACAGCAGCUACGCCAGCGAGGUGCAGGCCAUCCUGGCCUUUCUCAGCCUGCAGCGGACAGGCACUGGGGGCUCCGGCAACCAACCCCAGGGACCUGAUGCCUCCCCUGAGGGCCUCAACCCUUACGGCCUUGUUGCGCCCCGCUUCCAGCGAAAGUUCAAGGCCAAACAGCUCACCCCACGGAUCCUGGAAGCUCACCAGAACGUGGCACAACUCUCGCUGUCGGAGGCCCAGCUGCGCUUCAUCCAGGCCUGGCAGUCCCUGCCUGACUUCGGCAUCUCCUAUGUCAUGGUCAGGUUCAAGGGCAGCAGGAAAGAUGAGAUCCUGGGCAUCGCCAACAACCGACUGAUCCGCAUUGACUUGGCCGUGGGCGACGUGGUCAAGACCUGGCGCUUCAGCAACAUGCGCCAGUGGAACGUCAACUGGGACAUCCGGCAGGUAGCCAUCGAGUUUGAUGAACACAUCAACGUGGCUUUCAGCUGCAUAUCUGCCAGCUGCCGCAUUGUGCACGAGUACAUAGGAGGCUACAUUUUCCUGUCCACACGGGAGCGCGCCCGAGGGGAGGAGCUGGACGAGGACCUCUUCCUGCAGCUCACAGGAGGCCACGAGGCCUUCUGAGGCCUGUCCUGCUGCCCCUGUCCUGCUCACCACCUGCCAUGGCCACUCCUAAGCCCACACACACUGGGACUCACUGCCCACACCUUCUCCAGACAUGCGCUGAGCUGGGCACAUUCACCGACUGUCACUGGCUUUGUGCCGACCAGGGACUGGGCUGGGCUGGACUCUGCCCUCCCCCAGGUGGGCCCUGAGCGCCCCAACACUGCUCUUCCUCGGUUUGAGUGGUGGAGACUGACACCCCGGACCUCACUGCGGUCCCUGCGCACGCAAGGAAGACCAGCUGUAGCUACAGGAUGACAAUUCAUGGUUUCAAACUGGAGUUUCCUUUUGGUUAUCUUUUACAUUUCUUAUUUUAAAAUAAAUAUUUUAUUGUUGGAUCA